UGGCAAGCAUGGCGGCUUCCCAGUUGUAUUCAAUCAUUUUCAAACAAGAACAAGCUCAUGAAGACAGCAUAUGGAGUUGUUCCUGGAGACAGAAUGAGAGAGACAGAACAGAGAAUAUUGUUACUGGAGGCAUUGAUGAUAUGGUCAAGAUUUGGAGAUGGUCGGAUGAGAAACUGGACCUGAAGCAUGAGUUAGAAGGCCACCAGCUAGGAGUUGUCUCUGUAGAUAUGAACCAAUCAGGCACAUUGGCCGCCUCCAGCAGUUUGGACAGCCAUGUCAGAGUCUGGGAUGUAGAGACGGGCAAGUGUAUUAAGAGUAUGGACGCCGGGCCAGUUGAUGCCUGGACACUGGCAUUCUCUCCAAACUCCCAGUUUCUGGCAUCAGGAAGUCACAGUGGGAAGAUAAACAUGUUUGGUGUGGACACAGGGAGAAAGGAACAGUCCCUGGACACCAGGGGGAAGUUUACCCUUAGUCUCGCAUUUAGUCCCGAUGGUCGACAUAUUGCAUGUGGAGCUAUUGACGGGAUCAUCAAUGUGUUUGAUAUAGAAUCUGGCAAGCUUAUACACACACUGGAAGGUCAUGCUAUGCCAAUCCGUUCCCUGUGUUUCUCUCCUGACUCACAGCUCCUUGUUACUGGAUCUGAUGACAACCAGAUCAAAAUUUAUGAUGUGCAGCAUGCAAAUUUAGCAGGAACAUUAUCCGGCCAUGGCUCCUGGGUGUUGAGUGUUGAUUUCUGUCCAGACAAUACCCACUUUGUCUCUAGUUCGUCAGAUAAGACUGUAAAGAUCUGGAAUGCAGGUUCCCGACAGUGUGUUCACACAUUCUAUGACCAUUCAGAUCAGGUGUGGGGAGCUAGGUACAACCAUGAUGGAUCAAAGAUUGUGUCGGUGUCAGACGAUCGAGCGAUACACGUGUAUGACUCCCCUCUAAUGUCAGGCUGAUUCAGAAGACUGUCUUAUUAUAUAUGUUACAAACAUUAUGUGAAAUUAUUUUUGUAGUAAUCUUUUUCAUUCUGUAAUGGUUGUUUUUUUCCUUAAUCCAAAAUCCUGUAGUUAAUAUCUGCAAGGAAAAUUUAUGUAUUUGUCAUGGAGAUUAUGUUAGGAACUAAAAUUUUUGUAAUAUAUUUAAUUUUCAGGAUUUCAUAUCUUUCUCAAAAAUAGCAAAAGAAAAUAAAAAUGAAAUCCUUUAAACAUAACAACCAUUACAAUUAAUACGUAAGUAUCCUCCUUUGAAAAUUUUGAAAGGAUAAAAAAGUGCUCAGAGAAAUUCUGUUUGUGGAAGAUAGAUUACAAAAAUUAAAGAAUUUUCAAUAUCAGAAAUGGUAUAUGUAUAUAUAUACAAGUCAUUUCUUAUAAAACAUUUUGGAAAAAAAGUUCUAUUUACCUAUAAGCUAAGAACCAACAUUUGUAAUGUACUGUGAUAUUGUUUUCGUUUUAUUCGGAUCAAACAAAUUUAGUGAUAAAAUGUGAAAGGACUAAAAUAAGCCAUACUUGGUUUUCAAAUUUGUUUGUAUGAAAUAGGAUUUCUUUCGGAAUUUCACAGAAUAUUUGUGAUUUCCAUUAUGUAUAAUAAACUUAUUUUUGUAUGUAUAUACAUGUAUCAAAAGAAAUUUUAUGUAAGAAUUGAAAUUCUUAAAUCCAGCCUGUUCUUAAUUAUAGUCGCAAAAUCAUCAGCAAUCAUAUGUAUAUGUAAUGAAUGUGAUAUGUAUGUGAUUCAAAAGCAAAUGUGUUGAAAAUUAAAACAGGUUUAUGAUGGACAAGCAGAUUUCUUACAAACCCUUGUACAAUGUACAGAUACUUACCAGCUGGAGGAGACCUUAGUACUAGGUUUGUUUUUCCAAAUUCCUAGUACUAAUCCCCACAAUAUUUGGCCAGUUAAUUUUAUGUUAUGUUUUGAAUCUGCAAUCACCAGAUUUUUGAGUAACUUUUUGGAUUUUGGAGUGUCAUCUAAAAUACAUCAUACAGGGUAAGAGUUAUUGCCCUUUAGCAACUUGAUCCUUGCAUUCUAGCCUAUAUCCUAGUUUACUAGCAACAAGGCAGCAUAGUGACUGUAGUGUGUCCUGUGUUUGUGCACUGGCUUGAAUGACAUGGGGAGGUGGGGGAAAGUGCAGGCCUGGAGAGAUAAUUUCCUCGCUUGAAUGUAGUAGCUCACCAUCUGUUCAUAUUUAAGAAUAUCAUUCUUUGAAUGUUACUUCUAAGAAUUUACAAAUACUUUUGUACUUCUUGUAUAUAAAUCUUUAUUAUGUCCUAAAAACUAUGAUGCUUAAUGAAGUUAUGAACAUCAUCUUGGUAGUGCUGAAAAUAUACAAGAUGGAAUAUUUGGUUUAAAUUAGGUUAUAUCUAUCAUAUACUGAGAGAAACUGGUUAAAAUUGACCUUUGACCUUUAUUGUAUUUCUUAAUGUUGAUGAAUAUGAAGUCCAGAUAACAGAAUUGUGAAUUUGUUUACGUGUAUAUACAGAAGGUUUUUGGAGUAAAAGAGUACAUGUGGUGUGAGAGAAGUAAGAAGCGAAUGUAAAUUGUACAGAUUAUGUAAAUAAAAUAACCAAAUGUGAA